AAAAGUUACUGCAACAGAGGUGAUGGACUUAGUCCAGUAAGAGUGACAGGGAACACGCAAACUCUUCAGAGGGCUGAGAAGAACAUGCUGGUGGACUUUCUUUGCCUUCAAAACCUUGAAGAACCUACAGCACUUAACAUACAGAUCUGCUGAUCUUCUGAGGUCUUCAAAGCCCACCUCUCUCUAGCAUCUCACUUGAGAAUUUUCAACUGUGGACACCCAAGGACUUGCUAUGUUGAAAGUCACGCUCUGAUUAAAUUUGAAGGACUUUCUCGGUUUGAUUAACAUGCAUUUGCCAUUCCACUCCUAUCUACUUGAGAAGAAGGCUUGAAGUGGUAUUUGUCAGAGUUCUUGAGGCUUUGUGUCGCCACACAGACAGAGGUGUGUAAUUGAGGGCUUUAAGACUGAAGACCUUUCCACUGACACCGAGGACAUACUAACAAAGAGAGACAGUGGGGGCUUACGACAGACCGAGAGAGAGAGAGAGGGUGAGUGGGAGAAGAGAGAGGGAAACCCCACAGAGCCAUUUCUGCAAGUUGUGAUGACUAUUUCCACAGAGGCACUUCGCACAGUUUCUCUUGGACAUUGACGGAUUUCGAGCGGGUGCUGUGUAAUAGACUGGAAUCAUCUGGUAAGGCUAAGGUGUGUGUGGUCAUGGAUGUUUCUGCGCUAGUAUGGCUGGUGUUGCUCUUGGCGAGUGGAUGGUUUCCUGACACGGAGGGAAGCGCUCAGCAGUUUGACAGCAGUGAUGAAGGUCCAGAGGUUGAAUUCCUGUCGACCUCUCGCACACGACGGGCCCCCGAGCCUCCUUCACAGGACAAGUGCUCUUACACCUUCAUCGUACCCCAGCAGAAGGUUACGGGAGCCAUCUGUGUGAAUUCCAAGGAGCCCGAGGCCGUGCUGGAGAACCGUGUCAAUAAGCAGGAACUGGAACUCCUCAAUUCUGAGCUGCACAAGCAGAAGAGACAAAUCGAGACUUUGCAGCAGCUCGUAGAAGUCGACGGCGGCAUCGUCAACGAGGUGAAGCUUUUGCGCAAGGAGUCCCGUAAUAUGAAUUCCCGAGUGACCCAGUUAUACAUGCAGCUGCUGCAUGAGAUUAUUCGCAAGAGGGACAAUGCGCUGGAGCUCUCACAACUGGAGAACAAGAUUCUCAACCAGACCUCUGAGAUGCUGCAGCUUACAAACCGCUAUAAAGAUCUGGAGCAUAAGUAUCAGCACCUCGCCUCACUGGCCAAUAACCAGUCAGCACUCAUCGCCCUUCUUGAGGCACAAUGUCAGAGGGGGCCACCAGUUGCGGUCCCCAGGGUACCGGUCCCAUCUCAGCCGCAACCACAACCUCAACCCAGACCCUCACCACCCCUCAAUAAACCCUACCAGCCACCAACCUUUAGCCGUAACAACCAGAUCACCAAUGAAAUCCAGAGCGAUCAGAACCUCAAAGUGCCACCUGCCCCUCUUCCCACCAUGCCAGGAGGAACUCACAGCCCAUCCACCACAAACAAACCCUCAGGUCCCUGGAAGGAUUGUCUGGAGGCUCUGGAGGAUGGUCACACUAACAGUGGCAUGCACUUAGUGAAGCCAGAGAACACUAACAAGCUGAUGCAGGUGUGGUGUGAUCAAAGACAGGAUCCUGGCGGCUGGACAGUCAUCCAGAGAAGAAUGGAUGGCUCUGUCAACUUCUUCAGAAACUGGGAGACAUACAAGCAAGGCUUUGGAAACAUCGAUGGAGAGUAUUGGCUGGGUCUGGAGAACAUAUACUGGAUAACCAACCAAGGGAACUACAAACUGCUGGUCACCUUAGAGGACUGGUCUGGGCGCAAGACAUUUGCAGAGUAUGCAAGUUUCCGUCUUGAACCCGAAAGCGACUUCUACAGGCUCAGGGUGGGCCGUUAUCACGGUAAUGCCGGUGACUCCCUAACUUGGCACAAUGGGAAGCAGUUCACCACUCUGGACAGGGAUCAUGACGUAUAUACAGGCAACUGUGCCCACUACCAAAAAGGAGGCUGGUGGUAUAACGCCUGUGCACACUCAAAUCUGAAUGGCGUGUGGUACAGGGGAGGCCACUACCGCAGCCGCUAUCAGGACGGCGUGUACUGGGCUGAAUUCAGAGGAGGCGCCUAUUCGCUCAAGAAGGUUGUGAUGAUGAUACGACCCAACCCGAACACCUUCCACUGAGCAGCAGGAAAUGGACUGAUAACUGCUCUCCCACGGUCGCCGUUCACCCUAUAAAGUGCAAUUCAUUUUACAUUGUGGUUUGGCUUCCUAUGUAACAUAGUUCAGUAAGAUAUGUUGCAAAAGGACAGACAGUGUCUUGGUUGAUGUAACUGAGAAGGAACACCAAAUUGUCUAUUAAGUGCUAAAACUGGCCUGUCUUCCUUAUAAUUGUCACUAAACAAAAACAUGAACAUCAUGUGCUUUUUCACUCUAGUUCAGCCAAAUCAAACAAAACUUGUUCUUCUUUAUAUAUACAGCGCAAUUGUGAAUCUGUUGUCUGUUGUUUAGAAUUAUUUUUUUGAAAUAUUAGAACAUAAAUGUGAUUAGUACUCAUUCAUUGUUACAAAUAAGACACAGGACAUCCAAUCCAGUGAUAAAUAGCUUAUGCUUUCCUAGUUUAUUCAAAGCUAAGAGAAUAUAUGUUUCCUGAUGAGAUGAAUGACUCAUAAUUUAUUUCAGGAAGAUCAUGUUUAAAAUUCAUAUAAUGUUGUAGUUAAAAAAAAACAAAAAAACAAAAAACAAGCAAAUAUGCAUAACUGAACAUACAAACAUCUUUAAACAGUCAUUGAUUGCUCCAUCUAAACUGUAUUUACUGUGUAAAUUAGCUGUUGGUGUCAAAUGAAGAUCCAACUUGUUUAUGUACAUAUAAACGUAAUAUUGUUGAAAAUAAUGUGUAAUUUGUAAUAUACUGUAAGUGUAACUGAUUUCCCCAAGUACUGUCAGACUGUUGCAAUAAAGGAUGUACAGCUACA